AUCCCCGCAAAAACUAAAAACGUCGUCGUAAGCGCAUAUAUCUCAUCAGUGUAUGUAGCGGUUUAGAUAGAAGUGAAAAGUGGAUAAGAGAAGAGUUGUGAGAAACCGAAGAGAGAAAGAAUGGACAAGUAUUUCAGUUCUGCUUAUCGCGGCGACCCUGCCAUACCCCAUGCCGCCCCCCAGCGUUUCGUCAACAUCUGGAUCGGUUCCCUUUUCCUCACCGCCUCCAACUGCAUCAAUCCCUACUUUUGGCACAACGGCUCCUCUACCUUCAACUGGCAUGAUAGGGUAAUGCUAUAUGAGCAAUAUCACUGGAAAAAGGCGAUGAAGAAGAACCAGCGAUAUGAGUUCAUGUGGAACAAGACAUGGGACAAGGCCCACCGAAAUUCAUUCUACUUCAAUUGGCCUAUUUACUUCACUUAAGUCACUUCCUUUUCUCUCCCCUUGUUGACAUUGUAUUAAUAGUUACUUUGGUUGCAAACCUGGAGAAAAUUGAUGUCCCCUUCCCCUCCUUGUUGUACUCUCGACUAUGGGCGUGUUUAAACAAUUAUAAGGGUGUUUUUUUUGCUCUGUCUAGCGUCCUUGUGAUGCCAUCGGAAUUUUUAGAUUCGCAUAUUAAAUGCAAAAUUAUAUAAAUUACAGAUUGUUUA